AUGGUGUGGGCAGUAGCUUCAGAGGAGCGGUUUUGCCCGAUACACGCUAAGAAAGUUGUAAAGAUUCGACGCAUCGCCCGCAGAGCCAAGCUUAAGAAGACAACCGUCGACAGCUUAGUGGGGGCAUCUCUCGACCUCUUAAAAGGCGGCGACUGUAUUCCAAACAUUCCUGUUGUUGCUGCUUCGCAAUCACUUGUCGUCGGCGACGAGGCCAGUGAAGAUUCCAUUGAUGACGAUGACGAAGAGGAACGAAUCGUGGAAAUGGAUGGAACUGUCGAAGACGGCGAUGCCGAACAGGACGACUCCGAUGACCCCUUGCGUAGUGACGAUCAGUAUGAACCAGUAGUGGUGCAGUGCACAGUGGAUGGUUGUAAAAAACGCGUUCUUCCAAAGACUAGCUAUUGUCGGAGACAUAUUCUUCGUGACAGUCGUCAGUGUUUAUAUGUUCCGUGCAUAUUUUCCGGUUGCGACAAUGCGGUAUACAAAUUUGCUGAGACGAAACUGUGCCUGGGUCAUUACAUGUACGCACCAAAAAUGACGAAGCGAAUGACCAACGUCGAAAACGAGGCACGCGUAGUGAGUGAAGGUGAAGAAGAGGUGAAAUGUAAAGAUGAAACCGAGACGAAUCGAGAUGAGUCAGUUCAAGUUGCAGAAGUUUGCAAUGAAGUGAAUGUUGAAGUUCAGGAAGAGAGUCAGCCCUGA